AUGAAGCCGGAGUGCCAGGAGGCAUUCUGCAGGCUAUGGGCACGGGUACCGGCACAUGUACGUGAAGUUAAUUUUGGGUUGGGGCAUGACGCUUGGACGGCCAAGGACAUCGAUAGCCUAGCGGAUGUAUUAGUGGAGCAUGCAGAUCGGUUUUCGGCGCAUAAGACCGAUCUAGGGCAUUGCACCGCCUUGCCGUUUCGCAUUGACCUGAAGCCAGGUACGCGACCGGUAAAGCAGCGCCCGUAUCGGCGGAGUCCAGUAAUAAACCGAAAAAUCAAGAUAGAAAUUGAUCGGUUGGUUAGCGUUGGGAUUUUGCGGAAGUCCACCUCAAAUUGGGCGUCGCCGCUGGUAGCUGUGUUGAAGAAGGAUGGUAGCUUGAGGUUGACAUGCAACUUUAAACGGUUGAAUGAGGCGACAAUCGUUCCCGUCUUCCCCAUGCCCUUAGUCAGUGAUCUCAUCUCGGCGCUGGGAGGGAGCAAAGUCUUCUCGGUCCUCGACCUGAUGAGCGGGUACUUCCAGGCCGCCAUCGACGAGUCGAGCAUCCCCCUGACGGCCGUCUGCACGUCAUUCGGGUUGUUCGAAUGGACGAGGACCCCACAAGGGUGCUCGGGAAGCCCGGCAAACUUCCAGUCGCUGAUGGCCAAGGUGUGUGAUGGGUUGAGAAAGAUUCAGGUGUAUCUCGAUGAUGUGAUUGUGCCGUCGCUUACGGCCGCUGAACAUGUGGUACAGUUGAGGGAAUUGCUGGUACGGUUCAAGGAAUUUGACCUCAAGCUGUCUCCCAAGAAGGCCCACAUUGGCUCGGCAGAGGUUACGUUUCUGGGGCACUUGAUCACCCCUUUUGGCCUGCACCCUGAUCCCAAAAAGACAGACGCAAUGGCCAAGAUGAAAAUGCCCAAAACUAAGAGUGAGUUAAGGUCCAUGUUAGGUUCGGUAUCGUACCUAAGGAAAUUUCUCCCCAAUUUAGCGAGGAAUAUCACGGACCUGACAGCCCUUCUCAAGAAGGAUGUACACUUUAAGUUUACGGCACACCACGAACAGCUGACUAAAGCGGUGUUGGCGCAGCUAGCGAGCUAUGAGGUGUUGGCUUUCCCCGACUACGACGCCGCCAUCGAUGGCACCCGUAAAUUCCGACUCACGACCGAUGCCAGUAUUUCUGGUUUUGGUGCGGUAUUGGAACAACCGCAGGAGGAUGGGACCGUCCGUCCUCUAGUGUACAUUAGUAGAUCGACCCUACCGAACGAAGCGAACUGGGAUGUCAGCUCGCUGGAGUGUGGGGCGUUGGUGUGGGCCAUUAGGAAGUUACGUGUUUAUUUAUAUGGCAUUCCAUUUGAAGCGUUCACCGACCAUCAGCCGCUUCUCUCAUUUAUUUCUAUGGGUGAAAAGAAACCACGCGUUCAACGCAUGUGUGAUUUCUUAUCGGCAUACUCGUUCACCCUGUCCUAUCGCAAGGGCAAAGAGAACCAAGUUGCGGAUGCUUUGUCCCGUCUACCACAGCCGCCCACGGCAGCCGAUUUUGACAAAUGCAAGUUGAUAGAGGACGGAGACCUCGAAGUUUACUUUCUUGGGUCUCGCAGAAGAGCGACGCGGAAGCUAGGCUCCGACUCAAAUGCAUUCAUUAGUGACCCGACCGAGAACCGUUUUUUGAGACCAGUAACGUUGUGUACCACGGAGGAGGUUAAGGCUCGUGAGUGGGCUGGCGUUCAGUCGGAGUUGACUAGGAUAUCUCUUCACCGUCCGAGUCCAUCGGUUCUAGCCAUUAACCCAUCGCCCUCUCGCCCUCCCCACUGCCCCCAUAGUCCGGUGUCUUCCGUCGGUCUGCAACCGUUCAGUGGACAGUAUCAGCCGGGGCUAAUACUCCAUGGGCAUCCGAUCGGCGCCACAGCAACCGAGAGGGACGUCGCGGGCCUCCUGGUGGAUGUAGGGGUGGUCACCAGGUCGUCGCGCCCAUCGACACGGUCCACCACGGCGGCGGCAGCGCGGAGGCCGCGUCGGGCGCGGGAUGUAGGGGUUGAGGAAUCGCCGACACCGGGGAGGGUGGCCACCGCCCACGGGGACGCGGCGCUGGCGCCGGCGGGGGGCCAGCCCUCCCGCCCGCAGGGAACACCGGCGGCGCGCACACCUGCGGCGAGGGGGAGGGGGGCACAUCCGUCGGCAGUGGGGCCGGCAGCGGCGGCCGUGAGAACCGCGCGACAGCACGAAGACGACUCCGCAGCCAAUCCCACCACGACACAGCCCGGCCAGCGGAGGACGGCCGCGGCGGCCGCAAGAGAGGCAAGACGACACCCCAACGAUCCCGCAGCCGCCGCACCAACUGCGCCCCCCCCUCCCAGCUGCGGACGCCGGUCACCAUCACCGCGGCGCUCCCGGAGUAGAACACCUCGGCGGCGUGCCCCCCGGGCGGGAACAAUCCCGGUGCCAGAAUCUCAAGCGGCAGCAGCUAGCCGCUACGGGGAGAAGUUUAACCACAAGACGGACCUCGAGUGGGCCGCGGCGCAGGCAGAUGAUCCCCUGGCUGCGACGGUGAUCAAACGUGCUCACCGCUGGCCUAUGGUGUCGUUACCGCUGCCUUCCCGGCCUGGGGAGAUGGUGGCUUUCGACAUCCUAGGUCCCUUGCCAAAAUCUAAGCGGGGGAACGUGUAUAUUCUGUUGGUGGUCGAUCUUUUUAGCCGACAUGUCGAACCCUACGCGUUGACCAGUGAAGAGAAAACAGCACAGGGUUGUGCCACGAAGCUUGCGGAUGAUUGUGUCGUUCGAUGGGGUUGUCCGAAGUAUCUUUUGUCGGAUAGAGGGGCAGAGUUCACAGCUCGGGUAGCCAAGGAUGUAUACAGGAUGCUCGGGGCCAAGAAGCGGGGGUGGCAGAGUACCAAGCAGGACCAGCUUGACUACUUGCAGUUGACUAAAGACCGACAGGCUAGGGCCUACCAACUAGUGGUGGAGAGUGAUAGGCUAACGAAGGAGAAGCAUCGAGCCAACAACGAGCAGCUAGAUAACGCUAUCACCAAGCGACCGAAUUUCUCCGCUGGGGAGUAG